GUCAGGCAACUCUCACCUAAUGUUAUGACAUUUCUAAUAAAAAAAUCUACAGCUGUUUUUCUAGUUCAGCUGUUAUAAAAAGCUUGUGUAAAGCCCAAACAUGGUGGUCACCAACGAUACAAAGCUGCCCACAGAGGAGGAAUUGACGGUUCAAGAAUUGAAUUUGUCUACCGCAGCUUUACGUGCCGGAGCCUUUCAUUUGGGCAAAGCUUGCGAAUUUCAGAAUAAUGAAUUCAUGUUAUGUCGCCAAGAAUUAGAUGAUCCCAGAGCCUGUUUGAAUGAGGGUAAGGCUGUGACCAGCUGUGCCAUGGACUUUUCCGCAAAGUUAAGAAAAGCUGCCAUAGAAUUCAUGCAAUAUGCUACUUGCUUAGAUAAAUCAAGUGGCACUAUGUCUUUUAGCCCACUGCCGCAGACACAAGGUGUGUUUGAUAAGUGUGUUAAGGAUACUUUGGACAUUGAUCGGCCAGAUUACGGUUAUUUCUCUAGAGCUAAG